AUUUUUCAGCCUCAAAAUCUUAUAAAAUAUAACAUAAUUUUGGUAACAUUUUUUCCAUUGAAAAUUCCCCUAAAGAAUCCCCCUUCUAUCUACCCUAUAUCAUUUAUUUAUAUUUCCCACUCUCCCCAAGUUUUUACCUCAUUUUCCACUCAACAACAAUCGCUUUUUCCGCAUGCUGCAGUAUUUUUUCUUGUCUUUUUGUUGUGCAACACUUGAGGCUCUAUCAAUAUUUUGGUAGAACGAAACCUUCAUUCGAGAGAGGCUUUUCCCUGCUCGAAAGCACACACGGUCGGAAAAGUGUAUGUGGAAAGCCUCGAGGACUGACUACAGCACGUGCUCAAAAUCUCAGCAGGUAACACACAUGAAAAUGAGGAAAAGCACACACCAGCAGCAGAAGCAGUGGCAAGUGGCAGUGGCAGCAACAGCAGUGGCAGAACUUGCCACAAAACACCUUUUGGCCAUAAAGCACUAAAAUAUAACUUAAUCCCAAACGAAAUUGAUAUGAAAAUUGUACACAGGGAGAAGGGAGAAGGAGAGACAGUCAGACAGAGAAGGAGGAAGGUGGAAGGAAAAUUUUGAAUUCCACUCAUGAGGUGUGAAAAUGUGAAAAUGUUUGUUGUGUGAAAACUUUUUCUGUGUGCAAGUGUGUUUGUGCGGAGCCCUUUUAUGUUGACAGUUUUUUUUCCCUCUGGUUUUCCAGCUUUUCCUUUGGUGGUGGGCGCCUUUCCCCCUUUGCUAAUUUGUUGACGCUCUUUGGAUGCUGAUGCCUGAUGCCUGACGCCUGAUGUAUCCGCAACUUUGAUGUUUACUUUGAUAAUUUUUGAUUGAAAAAGUUUUUCCAAACAUUUCGGAGCACGUUUGCCCGCAAAAUAUAAAGAGAUACAAAUGAUUAUUCGUGAUACUUUAAGGGGACAUCCUUGAAGAGUAGAGGCAUCGCAGAACUUUGGCUAAUUGAGAGAAAAGCAUCAGCCUUGUUCUACAUUUUCCGCUUUCUGCCGCUUUUCCUUUUGUUUUCUAACGCAUCUCUGGAGGCUCUCUGUCAGAGCCACGCCUCUUAGCAUACUUUACAAUUACUUUUAGCCACCGCCUUUUCCGACUUUUCCAUCUUUCCCCAAGUAAUUUUAUCUCACUUAUUGCCUGCCUUCCCCUCCCCUCCCCUCGCUGUAGCUUAAUUUUUACACUUUUCCGCCUCCAAAUGACAUCCCCCGAGGUGUCCGCCGUCCCACGUAUCCGAGUAUUCUUAUGAGCGGCGAGGGGUUGAAAUACAAUACAAAGAAAAAGAAAAGUGGAACAAAGUUUCCUUCUCCCUAGCCCGCAGCUCUCUCUUGGUGACUGGAGAGGGGCUCGAAAGUUUUUAAAGCGGCAGCCCCCACGUGAAAGGCAUACAAAAUUGUUGAAGAGAAUUUUAAUGAUUUUUAUUUAUAUUUUUUAAACAUUUUCUAGCUGUUUCUUCACAGGUUUUACAUAGUUUUUAAUUAUUUCUAUAGCGAUUCUAGACAUUCUACAUAGUUUUUACAUACACAACUUUCCAUCUACAUACCUACCUCUUUCCUACACAAGUUCUACACAGACUACUACAUAGAUCUUAAUAUGUUGUACAUGUAUUCUACGUAUUCAUUUACAUAUGUUCUACAUAUUUUCUACAUAUAUUUUCUGCAUAUUUCUACAAAUAAUUCCAAGAAUAUUUCUGCAUAUUUUGAUCCCUUAAUCAUCUCCAUUUUGAGGAGUAGUUUAUCUCAAAAGAGCUCUUGUUUUUCUACACUCCUUUUUUUGUGGAGUAAAAAGGGUAUAUUGUAGUCGUUCUAAUAAAUAUAGGCAAAAAUAUACGAUCAUACCCUAGAAGAAUCGAAAGUCUAAUCCUUCUGCUGCUCUGUAGAAACUUUUGUCUCCCCUUAAAGGAGACACUUUAGGUACUGCCUCAUUAAAGGGUAUCUUUCAGUUGAAAUACCACACAGUUGCUUUGUUCUUCCGACAAUUCUGACCAAAACAGCACUCAUGGCAAAUAUUUAUCUAGCGUUUUCUCUGGCACAUCCGAGGGCUCAUAAAGCAAACCUCAAGAAAUGCAAAUAUCUGUAGAGAUGGAAACCCGAGAAGGGAAGGAAGUUCUGAGGCGUUGUCUUAACCGCAACUAAACAAGUAAUUUUGCGCACAUUUCACUUGUCAUAUGACACGUUGCAUGCAACACACACACCCUCCCCGCCGCUCCCUGACCCUACCGCAAAGAAACUGUUGUCUGGCGCACCCGAUGCCAGUGUCUUGGAGCGAUUUUCCUACUUAGCAGACACCGGGGCAGGCAGGGCCAGGCAGGGGCUUGCAGGGUUGAAAAAGUUGGUUGCAAGACUCCUCCGGACUGCGUGUUAAGUGCUUCCUUAACGCCAGAUACAGGCCAAAAGAUACAAGAUACUUGUACUGGAAGUUGCAACUGUUUCGCUAGUUUCCGGUCUACGCAAAAAAGGUGCGCCCUGGAGCGUAUUACAAAAUAGCAUUUUCCGAACGGGGGAAAACACUUUAAAUAUGAAGCCAAAAAGGAAAUUUCCACGCCCAAAAGUCAUUGUCUUUAUGGUUUUUCCCAGUUUUUGGCUCCCUCUCUCGCGCGCUCAAUGGCUUCACGUUUUGCCAAUUAAAAUUCUAAUUGGUUCGAAUAAAAAAUAACUGCGAGUAUCCUGGCACUUUUAAGCUCUCCCUUAAGUUUUUUUCCAUAGUGCAGUUCGGCGAAACAAAGUUUCAUAUUAAGACAGCAGCCAGACAGCAGCGGGUAAGAGGGGAAGGUCCCUGCACAUAUAUCAUACGAGGAGGAGUCCUGGCGGUCCUUGCAGUAAAAGCAAAUCAAGCGUGAGAGCCGGUAACACCUUGGAUAUAAAACCCUAAGUGACAGGUAAACAUACACACACAGGGACACACACAGGGCGUAUACGCAAUGUAUCUUGAAAGGCAGAGGGCUCUCAGAAUGUAAUUAAAGGCAAAAGUUAUUGUAUGAUUGAUGAUUUUCCUUUUGGGAACCACUUUUCCAAUUGCAACUCAAUUAAAAGAUUGCCGAUCUAUCGUUCUGUGAAUGAAAGACAAUACCUUGAGGUUCUCGGACGCUGAUAAAUGAGGCGGUCAGUGGCUGCCAUUCCACGUCUCUCUCCCCCAAACGUCCGAGUUUCCUUUCAGUUCAAAGUUCAAAGAAUUUCCACACAGAUUCCAAGGGGCAGUAGGGAGCGAACAUGUGUUUGGGGUUUUCUAAUGAAAAAGGUCGACUUUUGUUUGCUUUUGAGGUUUUCUAAGGGGCGAUUGUUGGGGGGUGCGAGAUGUUCUUUUGGCAGACAAAUUGCCAACGAUUAAGAUUUUUUAUCGGUCUACGGAGAGGCUGAGGCUGGGUCCCAUGAAAAAUGAAGAUGUUUUCUGUGUGGGUGGGGCGGGGUCUGUGGUUCAAUUGAGUGAAGUCUUGAGAUACUUCUCAUAAGAGUGGAUUAAGAUGGCUUUAAGGUGGUCUUUUCCACACUUUAAAGAGGCACUGCAGUGUCUGUAGGAGUUUGAGUCGCACUUUGAAUGUGUAUCUAUUACACGUAUAAUUAUGAACCCUUUGGCUGUGUAAUUAACACAUUCUCCCACACCCUUGAGCGACCAAAUCGAAAGCCCAUUAAUUAGCAUCACGAAGGGUGUCUGCUGGGGCUAUAUAUUGGGGGGAAUAUUCUGCUGAUUCCAAUCACACCUUCAUUGACAAUUCCUGCGCCUGCCACACAACACCUGCCUGCCUGCCUACGCCUCCAUUAUGGAUUUGAAAUCAAUGGAUACCGUCGAUAUGCCCAUCUUCGGGAGCACCUUGAAGCUGAUGAAGUUCUGGUCGUAUCUUUUCGUGCACAAUUGGCGUCGCUAUGUGGCCAUGACGCCCUACGUCGUGAUCAACUGUACCCAGUAUGUGGAUAUAUAUCUGAGCACAGAAUCGUUGGAUUUCAUAAUCCGUAAUGUGUAUCUGGCGGUGCUCUUUACGAACACAGUGGUCCGCGGAGUACUGUUGUGCGUGCAGCGUGGCAGCUAUGAGCGAUUCAUUGAAGUGGUCAAGGCAUACUACAUACAGUUGCUAGAGUCUAAGGAUGCGCACAUCCUGCGUUUGGUGGAGGAAAUCACACGACUUUCCAUAACCAUUGGAAGGAUUAAUCUGCUGAUGGGAACCUGUACAUGCAUUGGUUUUGUCACCUAUCCCAUUUUUGGCUCGGAAAGGGUGCUCCCCUACGGCAUGUAUCUACCGGCCAUUGAUGAAUACAAGUAUGCCACGCCCUACUAUGAAGUGUUCUUUGUGAUCCAGGCCAUCAUGGCGCCCAUGGGCUGUUGCAUGUACAUUCCCUACACGAAUCUGGUGGUUACAUUCACACUCUUUGGGAUCUUGAUGUGUCGAGUGCUGCAGCAUAAGCUGAGGAGUCUGGAAAAACUGGAAAAGGGCCUCGUACGUCGUGAGAUCAUCUGGUGCAUACAAUACCAUCUAAAGCUAGCAGGUUUGGUGGAUGCCAUGAAUUCCUUGAACACCCACCUCCAUCUCGUGGAAUUCAUUUGCUUUGGUGCCAUGUUGUGUGUCCUUUUGUUCUCUUUGAUUAUUGCUCAAACCAUUGCCCAAACUGUGAUCGUCAUAGCCUACAUGGUAAUGAUAUUCGCCAAUAGUUUUGUGCUCUAUUCCGUGGCCAAUGAACUUUACUUUCAAAGCUUUGACAUAGCCAUUGCCGCCUAUGAAAGCAAUUGGAUGGACUUUGAUAUUGAUACACAAAAGACGUUGAAAUUUUUGAUAAUGCGUUCCCAAAAGCCUUUGGCUAUACUUGUGGGUGGCACUUAUCCCAUGAAUUUGAAACUGCUGCAGUCGCUACUGAAUGUCAUUUACUCAUUUUUUACGCUCCUGAGACGCGUCUAUGGCUGAGCCAUCGCUAAGUUUAAAUAAAAUACAACAAAAAGUGCAACAUUUAACCCAAAAAAUAUAAGAAAUAAUAGAAAGAAGAUACAAAAGAGUUCCAAGA